AUGUCCUCCUGCUACUGGCCGCCAGCUCCGCUUGACAGCACGCUGACCGUACCAUGGCCAGGAAACAUAACCACUUUUGCCGAGGCGCUCGACUCCCUCUUGCCUGGCAUACCCGACGACCUGAAGCCUGUCGACGUAACCAUCCUCGACCGUUGUUGGUGCGACAUAUCCAGUAACGGAUUCUUCGAGCCAUAUAAUGUCACAGAAUGGGAGCGGAGGAGUGUCCUACGUGUGAAGGAAUCCGUGGAGCAGAAGAUGGAAGCGCGACGGCGAGAACUGGCGGCGGAAGAGUCUGCACACGAAAAUAGCGCAGAAGUCGUAGAGGACGCUGCAGGUUCCUCUGACUUGGAGCCAUCAUCACCUGUUGAUUCAAAUAACGGAGAGCCCUCUGCAAAAUUAUCUAUGCCAAGUAUUCGAGAGAUGAUGCGGUCUUUCAUGCGCACAUACACUCUGAACCGAGACUCAGAGUCAGAACUUGCCCCAUCUCCAAACACGACCCUCGAACACCCCUCAUCAUCCUCCGAAGUGUACCACUCGCAAACAAAUGCGAGCUCUGCACCAUCGCCUUUCCCCUUCCUCCUAGGUGCUCCUGACGAAAAAUUACCACUCUUCCGGCGAGAGUAUGACCUACGCCCGUACGGUCUCGCUCUCGUCUUGGAUUUUGGGUGGUCAAGCUCAGAUCCAUGA